GACCGAGUUAAAAAGCUCUACUCAUGCUAAAUUUCCUCCUUGCCUCGUUCGUUCCAGACCUUUCUUGGUUGGUUGAUCUUUGGCGCUCUGGAAAUUUCUCGUCGCAACAGUCUCUUGAUUUGCUCGAGUUUGAUCUCCCGUUAACUGUCUGUGUUUCACUAGCCAUGGCAAAGCAUCACCCUGAUCUGAUCAUGUGCCGGAAACAACCAGGCAUUGCCAUCGGAAGGCUGUGCGAGAAAUGCGACGGCAAAUGCGUGGUUUGUGAUUCUUAUGUGCGUCCCUGCACUCUGGUGCGUAUCUGUGACGAAUGCAACUACGGGUCAUUCCAAGGCCGCUGUGUUAUCUGCGGAGGUGUUGGGAUCUCGGAUGCUUACUACUGCAAAGAGUGUACGCAGCAGGAGAAAGACAGAGAUGGUUGCCCCAAGAUCGUCAACCUUGGGAGUGCCAAGACCGAUCUCUUCUAUGAACGUAAGAAAUAUGGUUUCAAAAAACGAUGAUGUAUUUUCCGAUUUAUCCGAUCCUAUGCUUUCUUGAAGUACUUGGAUCUCUUAUGCUAUGUAUGUGUAAACUUGUGUGUUGCCUAUGUUCAAGAGAAUCUUAAGUUGAUGGGGUACAAAACCAGACAUAUAAUGCUUUCUUGUUCUUGAUAAUCUAGACUCGGGUGGUCUGUACUUGUUUUUAUGUUAUGAUUAUCCUAA